AUAAUUAACAAAGCGGAAACUAAUCUAAAACCCUACAAGAUUCAUUUGGGAGAGAGCUGACCUGAGAGUCGUGCAACCGAGCAAGAGAAACAGCGACUAUGGGAAGAUCAGCUCUGAUUCACUUGAUUCGCUCUCAGUCUCGCCGUCUCUCUUCCUCCUCCUCAUCCUCCUUCACUUCAGGAUAUGGCCGGUCAGUAGCAGGGACAUGGUCACCAUCACCACCAUCAUCAUCAGUGAUCUCUAAGGUCAGAUUCCCAGAGGCACAAUCUCUAUACCAGAGAAGCUGGGCAUCAUCUAGAGCCGCCCAAGAUGAUGAUGAUGAGCACAAGAUCAGCAUCGGACCACUAGACAAGAACGAUGGAGGAGUGAUUUACUACGGCCCAAUCUCAUCAACCAUAAAGAAAGUCAAACUCCUCUCUCUCUCCACUUGCUGCCUCUCCGUCUCUCUCGGCCCAGUCAUCACCUUCAUGACCUCCCCCGGACUCAACGUGAUCAUGAAAGGCGCGGUUGCCUCCACCGUGAUCUUCCUCAGCGCUUCCACGACCGCUGCUCUCCACUGGUUCGUGAGCCCUUACGUUCACAAGCUGAGGUGGCAGCCUGGUUCGGAUACUUUUGAGGUGGAGAUGAUGACUUGGCUUGCUACGUUUGCACCGAAGACGCUGAAGUUUUCGGAUAUACGUUAUCCGGACACGCAGAGGCCGUUUGUGAGCUUUAAGGCGGAAGGGGAGUACUACUUUGUGGAUGCGGAGAGGUGCACAAACAAGGCGUUGUUGGCUAGGCUUACUCCUCCUAAGGAUGCACAAGACUCUGCUUUCAAGAAUUUGUGAUCCAGAUUCCAUUUUCCUUUAUCAUACUCUAUGAAUCUUUUUUUGUGUGGAUUAUUGUUGAGUUUGUAACUCUUAUGGAUCACUGGACUACCCGAGAAUGCAAAUAAUAAAAGAGUUUAAGAAUGCAAUUGCUAAGUAA